AUCCUAUCCACAAUCCCCACAUCUCCCAUAAUCUGACACUUAACUCUUUCUGGCUGAAAUCCUCUUUUGAAAUCUCAUGGAUGAGAUUCACAAACCCUUUCUUCUAACUAGUCUUUCCUCCCUAACAUCCAAAACCUUAAACAAAAACACUCAAACAAACUCUACUCUACUCUUUUUUUGCCAUCUGCAACUCAAAAUUCCACAUCUAAACCAUCAAAUUCCCAGCUAACCUUGUUUACAAUCAGUUUCCACGUCUCGAUCUCGACAGGGUACCUUGUUUGGUAAGGAAUCCAUUAUGAUUCUUGAGUCUUUUCAGAGAAACUAGUGUUCCACAAUGGUAAGCAUAGCAUUUUGUUUUGCUGUGCUCUUAUUUUCUUUUUUGUAGAUUUAUAAGAUGGUAAGGACAAGAGGAUGAUGGGGACAUCAGUCCUUAACUAUAAUCAUCAUUUAUUGCCCUCAAAAGAUCUACCACAGAGUUCAUCAGAGUUGAAUUUGAAGCAGAAGGAGCAAGAGUAUUUGUGUCUUGUGAAGAAAUGCAAGAGCUUAGAAGAAUUCAAACAAGUUCAUGUUCAAAUUCUGAAGUUUGGUCUUUUCUUGGAUUCUUUUUGCUCAAGCAGUGUUUUGGCUACUUGUGCUCUCUCAGAUUGGAACAGCAUGGAUUAUGCCUGCUCCAUUUUCCAGCAAUUGGAUGAACCUACCACAUUUGAUUUCAACACAAUGAUUAGAGGGUAUGUUAAUAACAUGAACUUUGAGAAUGCUAUUUACCUGUAUAAUGAUAUGCUUCAAAGAGAAGUUGAACCCGACAACUUCACGUACCCAGUAGUUCUCAAGGCUUGUGCACGGUUAGCAGUGAUCCAGGAAGGAAUGCAGAUUCAUGGCCACGUAUUCAAGCUAGGUCUGGAAGAUGAUGUAUAUGUACAAAAUAGCUUAAUCAACAUGUAUGGGAAGUGUCGAGAUAUCGAAAUGUCUUGUGCUAUUUUUCGACGUAUGGAGCAAAAGAGUGUGGCUUCUUGGAGUGCUAUAAUUGCAGCUCAUGCUAGUCUUGCAAUGUGGUGGGAAUGUUUGGCGUUGUUUGAGGAUAUGAGUAGAGAAGGAUGUUGGAGAGCUGAGGAAAGCAUAUUAGUCAAUGUGCUAUCUGCUUGUACCCAUUUGGGUGCUUUUCAUUUAGGAAGAUGUGCUCAUGGUUCUCUAUUGAAGAAUAUUACUGAACUAAAUGUUGCCGUUAUGACUUCCUUAAUGGAUAUGUAUGUGAAAUGUGGGUCUCUACAAAAAGGAUUAUGUCUCUUCCAAAACAUGACCAGAAAGAAUCAACUAUCCUAUAGUGUUAUAAUCUCAGGACUUGGCUUACAUGGAUAUGGUAGACAAGCUCUACAAAUCUUCUCAGAAAUGGUUGAAGAAGGCUUAGAGCCCGAUGAUGUUACCUAUGUUAGUGUUCUUAGUGCUUGUAGUCACUCUGGCCUUGUCGACGAGGGUCUUGAUCUUUUCGAUAAGAUGAAGUUUGAGUAUCGGAUUGAACCAACAAUGCAGCAUUAUGGUUGCAUGGUAGACCUAAAGGGACGAGCAGGUUUGCUUGAAGAAGCAUUUCAGCUUGUCCAAAGUAUGCCUAUAAAAGCAAACGAUGUUCUUUGGCGGAGCCUUCUAAGUGCUUGUAAGGUUCACGACAACUUAAAACUUGGCGAGAUAGCUGCGGAGAAUCUAUUCCGAUUGUCUUCACACAAUCCUAGCGAUUACCUAGUUUUGUCUAAUAUGUAUGCAAGAGCUCAACAAUGGGAGAAUGCAGCUAAGAUCAGGACAAAAAUGAUCAACCGCGGUUUGAUCCAAACACCAGGGUAUAGCUUGGUGGAGGUCAAAAGCAAGGUAUACAAAUUCGUUUCACAGGAUAAAUCAUACUGCAAAUCGGGCAACAUCUAUAAGAUGAUUCAUCAGAUGGAAUGGCAACUGAGAUUUGAAGGCUAUAUGCCAGAUACAUCACAAGUUAUGCUUGAUGUAGAUGAAGAAGAAAAGGGGGAGAGAUUGAAAGGUCAUAGCCAGAAGUUGGCUAUAGCUUUUGCUCUCAUUCAUACAUCACAAGGAUCUGCAAUAAGGAUAAUUAGAAACCUGAGAAUGUGUAAUGACUGUCAUUCAUAUACUAAAUUGGUUUCAAUGAUCUAUGAAAGAGAAAUUACUGUAAGAGACCGGAAUCGGUUCCACCAUUUUAAAGAUGGAAAUUGCUCUUGUAGGGAUUAUUGGUGAAUCACUGAACUGUUCGACUAUGAUUUAUGGGAGAAAAACUUUCCCAUAUAUUUUCAUUUUGAA